CAUCAUAUAAACCAACACCACCAACAAACUCCUCUUCUUAAAACAAACACAUUCCAAUCAAUACAUUCACACAAUCUCCUCUUUCUAUUCAAUCUCCCCCAAUUUUAUACCCUAAAUCUGUUAUGGAACCCGUUACCAGCGAUUUCCAACCGGAAGGAGCUGCUGCGGCGCCACCGCUGCCACCGCCGGAGCCCACUCCUCCGGCCGAAGACGACGAGGAAGACGACGAGUAUGAGGAUGAUGAGGAAGAAGACGAUGAGGAUGAUGACGAGGAGACUAAUAACGAAGAUGAAAUUCUGAUUGCGAAAGCUCAGGGACUGAUAGACAAGAUCACCGCCGCUCCUGAUAACCCUAAGCCGCAGUCUCUUCAUGCCCUAGCCUCUAUUCUUGAAACUCAAGAAGCCAGGUACAUGGAAGAGACUGGUCAUACCUCUUUAAACAACGGUCGAGCUUCACAUAAUAUAGGACGCCUGGGAAACUUACUUCGGGAUAAUGAUGAGUUUUUCGAAUUGAUAUCUGUGAAGUUUCUCUCUGAAACUCAAUACUCAGUAUCCGUUAAAGCAGCUGCUUUAAGACUUCUCUUUAGUUGUUCACUGACUUGGAUGUAUCCACAUGUUUUUGAAGAAACUGUUUUGGAUAACUUAAAGGGUUGGGUGAUGGAUGGGACAUUAAGGUCUGUUACUGAAGAUCUUAAAGGGAAAAACGGGUCUGGUGUAAGACAAGCAUCGGAUUCCGAAAUGCUAAAGACCUAUUCAACUGGCCUUCUAGCAGUAUGUUUGGCUGGUGGAGGUCAAGUAGUUGAAGAUGUUCUUACAUCUGGAUUAUCCGCCAAGCUUAUGCGGUAUCUUCGAGUUCGUGUUUUAGGAGAACCUAAUACAAGCCAAAAAGAUACUAAUUAUCUACCGGACAACAAAAGUUCAUCAGCCGCUACUUCCAUUAGGUCUAGAGAAGAUAGUAGGGGUAGGUUUAGGCAUGCUCUAGAGACAUCUAUGGUGGAACCUCCUAGACUAACCGAAGAAGGUUCGUCAGAUGAUCAAGUUAUUGAAAGAGAUCGGGUCAGAAGGUGGGCUGACCCACCUGAUGGACUGGAUGAGGAUAACGAAACCCACGAGGGAGAUAUACGUGAUGGUAAAACGAAGGUGAAUGACAGAAGUAGAUCUUUCCGGGAAGAUGAACACAGGUCAAACCGUGGGUCAAUAAGAUCUAGAGGGAAAGGAAGGGUUAAUGAAGGUGUUGUCGAGAACGAACAUGUUUUAAACUCCCCGGGAUCUGGAAGUAGAGUUGGAGGACAAGGAAGGAGCAUUAAGGAUAGGAGUUUGUUAAAAAGUUCAGAAUCAAAACGUAUGCCAGACAGUAAGAAGUCUACUGGAAGAAGUGGUGCUGAUGAUAUGAUUCUUGAAAGAGAUGAUAGCGAUGAUUGUUUUCAAGAUUGUAAAGUUGGAUCAAAGGAUAUUUCGGAUUUGGUGAAGAUGGCUGUAAGAGCCGCUGAAACUGAAGCCAGAUCAGCAAAUGCUUCUGUGGAGGCCAUUAAAGCUGCUGGUGAUGCUGCUGCUGAACUUGUUAAAACCGCAGCAUUGGAGGAAUUUAAAAAGACAAAUGAUGAAGAAGCUGCAGUUCUGUCUGCAUCAAAAGCUGCAUCUACCGUUGUUGAUGCAGCUAAUGCUAUUGAAGUGUCUAGGGCCAGUGCUGAUGUCAGCGAGCCAGCUAAUUCGAAAGAGCCAGAACCCGAGGCCAAUGAGGAAGUUGAGGAGUUCUUCAUCCCCGAUAGUGAGUUCCUGGCAAAGCUAAGGGAAAAGUUCUGUAUUCAAUGUCUGGAGAUUUUAGGAGAGUAUAUUGAGGUUCUUGGUCCCGUGUUACACGAAAAAGGUGUUGAUGUUUGUCUUGCAUUGCUGCAAAGAAAUUCUGAUCUUAAAGAAGCAUCACAGAUUGCAGUGCAUCUACCCGAUGUAUUAAAACUAAUCUGUGCAUUGGCUGCCCAUCGUAAAUUCGCUGCGUUAUUUGUAGAUCGCGGUGGGAUACAAAAACUUCUUGCACUUCCAAGAAAGUCAGUCACCUUCUUUGGGCUUUCUUCUUGUCUAUUUGCAAUUGGGUCACUCCAGGGAAUAAUGGAACGAGUAUGUGCCUUACCUUCAGACGUGAUUCAUCAGUUGAUUUCAUUAGCUCUUCAGCUUUUAGAAUGCUCUCAGGACCAAGCUAGAAAAAACGCAGCUUUGUUUUUCGCUGCUGCUUUUGUGUUUAGAGCAGUAUUAGACGCUUUUGAUAAUCAAGAUGGUCUUCAGAAACUUCUAAAUCUGUUAGGUGAAGCAGCAUCUGUUAGAUCCGGAGCUAGCUCAGGUACGGUGGGCCAAUCUACUUCAAAUUCACUUAGAAAUGAGCGGACCCCACCGGAGGUAUUGACAUCAUCAGAAAAGCAGAUUGCUUACCACACAACUGUCGCGUUGCGCCAGUAUUUUAGAGCACACCUUUUAUUGCUUGUGGAUUCAAUACGCCCUAGUAAGAACGUUCGAAGUGCAGCACGGGUUCCAAGUAGUCGGGCUGCUUAUAAGCCGCUUGAUAUUAGUAACGAGGCUAUAGAUGCUGUUUUUCGUCAAGUACAGAAAGAUCGUAAGCUGGGUCCUGCAUUUGUGAGAGCUCGUUGGCCCGCAGUUGAUAAGUUCUUGAGUUGCAAUGGGCAUAUUACCAUGUUGGAGUUAUGUCAGGCACCACCUGUUGAACGAUACUUGCAUGACCUGCUUCAAUAUGCAUUGGGUGUUCUGCACAUUGUGACUCUGGUUCCUUACAGUCGCAAACUGGUUGUAAGUGCUACUUUGAGCAAUGAUCGUCUAGGUAUAGCAGUUAUUCUUGAUGCGGCCAACGGUGCUGGUUUUGUUGACCCUGAGAUUAUUCAGCCAGCACUGAACGUUCUAGUAAAUCUUGUUUGCCCUCCGCCAUCAAUCAGUAACAAACCAACUAUGCCAGCACAAGGACAUACGUCUUCGUCUCAACCUCCAAACGCUCCUACAGAGGCAACUAUCAACAUUGCCAGCUUGAACGAGCCACGCGAACGGAACGGAGAUUCCAGUCAUGGUGCUUCAUUUACAACUUCUGGAUUAGUCGGUGACCGUAGGAUAUCCUUAGGUGCUGGCGCUGGUUGUGCGGGCCUUGCUGCUCAAAUGGAACAAAGUUUUCGCCAGGCAAGGGAGGCGGUCCGGGCCAAUAACGGUAUCAAAGUUCUACUUCAGCUCUUACAGCCACGGAUAAUAACACCGUCAACCGCCCUUGAUUGUCUUCGUGCUCUCGCAUGUAGAGUCUUGCUUGGUUUAGCUAGAGAUGAUACAAUUGCACACAUUUUAACAAAACUUCAGGUUGGGAAGAAGUUAUCAGAACUUAUUAGGGAUUCUGGUAGUCAGACGCCAGGUGGCGAACAGGGUAGGUGGCAAACGGAACUAUCUCAGGUUGCAAUUGAGCUGAUGGCGAUUGUAACAAAUUCAGGACGAGCAAGCACAUUAGCUGCUACUGAUGCUGCUACACCUACUCUUCGGCGCAUUGAGAGAGCUGCAAUCGCUGCUGCUACUCCUAUUACUUAUCAUUCCAAGGAACUUUUACUGCUAAUUCAUGAGCACUUACAGGCAUCUGGGCUAUCAACAGCUGCAUCUGCACUUCUUAAAGAGGCCCAGUUAACACCACUGCAAUCAUUAGCCACACCGUCAUCUUUGACAUAUCAAGCCUCCGGUCAGGAGAAUUCGUCUGUACAAAUUCAAUGGCCAUCUGGACGGGCCCAAUCUGGAUUUCUCACUGCAGAAAAACCAAAACAACAAGAAGAAAUUAACCUAAAACAAGAUUCAGCUUUGUCUGCAAAGAGACGACCAUUGGUUAUAUCAUCUACAUCUGGAGUCCAGUCAAAAAUGACGUCUUACUUUAAUGAGCAUCCUUCUCCAUCAAGCAACAAAGUUAAUAAUUCUUCUAAGAAACCGCCUGUUGGUCCAGUCGCAUCAGAAGAAAAUCAAGUGGAACCAGAUAGUGUUAUGAAAACUCCAAUAAUAUUGCCAUUAAAGCGUAAGUUGACUGAAUUAAGAGAAGUUGGACCAUCACAAUCAAACAAACGUCUCAACACCGGCGACCUAGGGUUUCGUUCUCCUGUGUGUAUAACGCCAAACACCAGCCGUAAAAAUAGUUUACUAGGUGAUACUCCUAUGUUCUCCGCAUCAGCUUCUUUUAAGGAUCAUUUAAGAACACCUGCAAGUGUCGGCAUAUCUGAUGGUUUAGAUGAUAACCAGAACGCACAAAACGCUAAUACUGAACGGUUGACUUUGGAUUCCAUUGUGGUUCAGUAUCUUAAACACCAACACCGCCAAUGUCCCGCUCCUAUUACCACAUUACCGCCUCUUUCCCUUUUGCACCCACACGUAUGUCCGGAAUCAAAGCGAAGCCUUGAUGCACCAUCAAACAUCACCGCCAGGCUCAACACGCGUGAAUUUAGGAACGUGUAUGGUGGCAUUCAUGGUCGUCGAAGGGACCGCCAGUUUGUGUAUAGUAGAUUCAGACCAUGGCGGACAUGUCGGGACGACACUGGUAUUCUGUUGACUUGUUUGACUUUUCUUGGCGAUUCUUCCCAGAUUGCCGCCGGUAGCCACUCUGGGGAGCUCAAGGUUUUCGAUUCAAAUACUAAUAACAUGUUAGAAAGCAGCGCGGGUCACCAGUUUCCUUUGACCAUGGUCAAAUCCUUCUUUUCUUCAGAUACUCAAUUACUUCUCUCUUCAAGUUCACAUGAUGUUAGAUUGUGGGACGCACCUACGGUUUCAGCCGGACCUAAAUAUUCAUUUGACGAUAUUAAGGCGGCAACGUUUAGUCAUUGCGGGACCAUGUUUGCAGCAUUAUCUUCUGAGUUAUCAAGACGGGAGAUCUUGUUAUAUGAUGUUCAAACAUGUAAAUCUGAUUUGAAACUCACUGAUCAAUCUUCUAGUGCUUCCAGUAAAGGGCAUGCUUAUUCUCAGGUUCACUUCAGCCCUUCGGAUAUUAUGCUUCUAUGGAAUGGUGUUUUGUGGGACCGCCGGGUUCCGGGGCCCGUUCAUCGGUUUGAUCAGUUUACCGAUUAUGGAGGUGGCGGUUUUCAUCCAGCGGGUAACGAGGUGAUUAUAAAUUCAGAAGUAUGGGAUCUUCGAAACUUUAGGCUUCUUCGAAGUGUACCGUCUUUGGAUCAAACUGUAAUAACUUUCAAUGCUAGUGGUGAUGUGAUAUACGCGAUUCUAAGACGAAAUCUAGAAGAAGUGACAUCAGCAUUCCAGACUCGACGUGUUAAGCACCCUCUAUUCUCUGCUUUCCGGACACUAGAUGCAGUCAACUACUCAGAUAUCGCCACCAUUCCCGUUGACCGCUGCGUUCUCGAUUUUGCAACCGAUUCUACAGACUCCUUUGUUGGGCUGGUAACGAUGGACGAUCAAGACGAAAUGUAUUCAUCAGCUCGAGUGUAUGAAAUCGGGCGGCGAAAACCUACAGAUGAUGAUUCUGAUCCCGAUGAUGCUGAAAGCGAGGAGGAAGACGAGGAUGAUGAGGACAUUGACGACGAAGCGUUGUUGGGAAACGAUGAAGACGGUGAUGAUAUGAGUAACGAUGAAGACAGUUUAAGCGAUCUUGACGAUGAUGAUGAUGAUGACGGGGAUGAAGAUGGUGAUUUUGUGAUGGAUGGUGUCGACUUUGGCGGCGGGGGUGGGGGGAUAUUUGAGAUUGUGAGUGAAGGGGAGGAUGACGAUGAUGGUGAGGAUGACGAUGAUGAGUUAAUCGAGUCUUUGAGUAGCGGUGAUGAUGAAGAAUUCUUUGGUGGAUUCUAAGUUACAGUCUUCUGUAUCAUAUCUAUGAUUAUUUUGGUAAGCGACAGAAGAAGAAGAAGACUAAACAAAGACAUUCGUAUCUCCAAGUUUUGACACAAUAUCUACAAAAUGAUGUUUUUUAUUUUUAUUUUCGAUGAAAAAGAAACGAUACUGGUUGGUUGAGUUGUUCAUGGUUUACAUCAUUGCUGUUUCAAUCAAAGAUGUUAUUAUAUUAGCAUUUGAUAAAGUAGGUAAGUUCAACAGCAAA